UUAAGUGUACUUUCUUAACUUAUCAAAUCCAAGAAAGUAAGAAAUAUCCCCUUUCUCUUUCUCGUUGAGCCUAUCCCUUUUGAAAGACCGAUUUUCCUAGAGAAGACAUGCAUGCAUAACAUUCAUUGUUGACGUAUUAGCAGAGCGAGAAAUUCUAAUAAGAGAAUUCAAAAAGCUGGAAGAAUAUGUACCUAUGACCUAAAGUACGAGGAAUUCAAACAAGAGAAUUCAAAAAGCUACAAGAAUAUCAUACGUGUGAUUUGUACCUAUGACCUAAAGUACGAGGAAUUCUAACAAGAGAAUUCAAAAGGCUGCAAGAAAAUCAUCAUACGCGUAAUUAAUUUAUAGAUGUAACCUAAAGUAGGUAAUUUUUGAGUCACAUUUGAUCAGAAUGUCGGACGAUAUAAUAAUAUCGAACUCCGAAACGAUAGUAUGUUAUGCACCAACGAUGAUAACCACAACUGGGAUAUGGCAAGGUGAUAAUCCUCUUGAUUAUUCAUUGCCACUUUUCAUAGUGCAAUUGACCUUGGUGGUGGUUGUCACUAGACUUCUCGUUUUCAUCUUGAAACCAAUUCGUCAACCUCGUGUUAUUGCUGAGAUUCUUGGUGGUGUAAUUUUAGGGCCAUCAGUAUUGGGAAGAAGUAACAAAUUUGCUGAAACAAUAUUUCCUCAGAGAAGUGUUAUGGUUCUUGAAACAAUGGCAAAUAUUGGCCUUCUUUACUUCCUUUUUCUAGUUGGAGUAGAAAUGGACAUUGCUGUGAUUCGUCAAAAUGGUAAAAGAUCCUUGAUUAUAGCAAUAGCAGGAAUGAUAUUGCCAUUUGUAAUAGGGAGUUCAUUCUCCUUCUUGUUGCAUGAGAAAUCACAAAAUACCAAAGAAGGAACUUUCAUUCUCUUCCUUGGCCUCGCGCUUUCUGUUACUUCAUUUCCAGUUCUUGCUAGAAUCCUCGCGGAACUCAAACUUAUCAACACUGAAAUUGGGAAGCUCGCGAUGUCUGCUUCACUUAUUAAUGAUAUGUUGGCAUGGGUUGUCUUAGCUUUUGCUAUUGCCUUUACUGAGAAUAAAGACACGAGUUUGGCUUCUCUUUGGGUGAUCCUCUCAAGCAUUGCCUUUAUUUGCUUAUGCUUUUUUGUAGUUAAGCCAUUGAUUGGAAGGAGGAUUAAACAGACCCCAGAAGGCGAAUCGAUUAGUGAGUUCAAUGUAUGUCUCAUUCUCUCAGGGGUUAUGAUUGCUGGAUUCAUAACAGAUGUUAUUGGAACACAUUCUGUUUUUGGUGCUUUUGUCUUUGGUUUGAUUAUCCCUAGUGGUCCUCUUGGUUUGACCCUUAUAGAAAGGCUAGAGGACUUUGUUUCGGGGCUUUUGUUGCCCCUUUUUUUCGCCAUUAGUGGUCUCAAGACACAGGUUAGUGCUAUUGAUGGAGCAACAACAUGGGGAGUUUUAUUUGUUGUUAUAAUCCUGUCUUGUGCUGGCAAAGUAAUAGGUGUAGUCCUUGUAAGUUUUUUCUACCAAAUGCCGUUUUAUGAAGGCCUUUCUCUUGGUUUCCUCAUGAAUGCCAAAGGCCUUGUUGAGAUGAUUGUGCUCAAUGUUGGUAAAGACCAAAAGGUUCUUGAUGAAAAAUCUUUUGCUAUAAUGGUGAUUGUAGCAUUAGGCAUGACUGCAGUAAUCACCCCCAUUGUGACAAUGGUCUACAAACCAUCAAAAAAUUUCACCCCAUACAAGAGAAGAACAGUUCAAAAAAUAAAAUUGGAUAGGGAAUUUCGAGUAGUUGUCAGCAUCCACACCCCUAGAAUCGUUCCAACAGUUAUCAGUCUUCUUGAAUCUUCCUGUCCUACCAAGAAAUCACCAAUAUGCGUAUACGCCCUACACCUUGUCGAGCUCACUGGCCGUGCAUCUGGAAUGCUUAUUGUCCAUAACAUGAGAAAAUCAGGGAGGCCAGCUAUGAACAGGACACAAGCUCAAUCGGAUCACAUCAUCAAUGCAUUCGAGAACUUUGAGAAAAGUACAGGAUGUGUCUAUGUGCAGACUCUCACUGCCGUCUCCCCUUACUCCACUAUGCAUGAAGACAUUUGCGUCACAGCUGAGGAAAAACGUGUGGCGUUAAUCAUCGUCCCUUUUCACAAGCAACAAGCAGUUGAUGGUGGACUCGAAGCUACAAAUCCAGCAUUCCGAACAAUUAACCAGAAUGUAUUAGCAAAUGCACCUUGCUCCGUUGGAAUACUAGUUGACAGAGGCUUAAGUGGAUCUGCAAGGUCCACAAUGAACCAAGUUUCUCAUCAUGUCGCGGUGUUAUUCUUUGGAGGACCAGAUGAUCGCGAAGCAUUAGCCUAUGCUUGGAGAAUGAGUGAACACCCAAACGUUAAUUUAACUGUUAUGCGUUUCCUCCCUGGAGAAACCGUAAUUGAAACAGAAAGAUCAGACUCAACCAACAGCAGGAAUGACCAUAGUAUACUAACAGUUGAAACAGAACGCGAUAGGGAAAAACAGCUCGAUGAGGAAUAUGUAACACACUUCAGGACGAAAACAGGUAAUGAUGAAUCAAUAGCUUACAUAGAAAGAGUAGUGAAUCAUGGAGAAGAAACAGUAGGAGCAAUAAGGACUAUAGAUAACUCACAUGACUUGUUCAUAGUUGGUAGAGGACAAGGCACUAUCUCCCCAUUAACAUCAGGGCUAACUGAUUGGAGCGAAUGCCCGGAGCUUGGUGCUAUUGGGGAUCUAUUAGCUUCUUCAGAUUUCGCGAUGACUGCUUCAGUAUUAGUGGUGCAACAAUACGUAGGAAUGGGUUCAGGGGAUCCCUUAGCCAUUCCGGAUAGUCCUAGCCAGCAUUCCGAACACGUCAACAUUGAACAAACGAAUCGUAGGUCACAUAGCAGCUAUACGUCACAAAGCAGCUAUAGAGAACAACUACAACAACAACAACAACCUGAUUUUCAUUCACAACAUUGAAAACUUGGUAGGAUUCUUGUCCAUAUCAAUUAUUUUUUUUUGUUAACUAUUCUUGAAUUUUGUUACUUGUAAAAUGUAAAGUUCUUUUAUGCUUCCUACUCUCAACAUAUCAUUCAUACUUGAUGUAUAUGGUAUUCCAUUGAAAGAGUAAAGUGAAGAUAACGUAUGAAACAGUUUUAUUUUCCUUUGUUGCUU